CUUGUCUUGCAGGUCAGGAAGAAAGCAUGCAGAAGAAGUAGAAGACCACCGGCUCAGACAGCAGAGCCCGGAGGCAUCAGAUGAUGGAGGAGACAUUCCCGUGAUCCCUGACUUGGAGGAGGUCCAGGAGGAAGAUUUUACCAUGCAAGUGGCAGCUCCCCCCAGUGUGCAGGUGAACCGAGUACUGACCUACCAUGACCUGGACAAAGACCUUAUGAAGUAUGCUGCCUUUCAGACUCUGGAUGGAGAGGUUGACCUGAAGCUUCUCACCAAAGUUUUGGCUCCAGAGCAUGAACUACGAGAGGAUGAUGUCAGCUGGGAUUGGGACCGUCUCUUCACAGAGGUAUCCUCAGAACUAGUGACUGAGUGGGACCUGGGACAGUCUGAGAGAGAGGACCACCUCAGCCUGUCCUAGAGCACUGGCACAUCAGACAUCUCAUACAUGCAUCCCCUGUAAAUAGUUUAGCACUUUAUAAUUUUCUAUUCAUUUGUUUGUAUUUGGGAAUUUAUUUCAGACAUGAAAAUAAAUAGGACCUUGCUUUAUA